AUGGGUCGGGAACUGACUGAAGAAGAAAAGAAGCGGAUUGCCGCAAACAGAGCUGAAGCCCUUCGUCGUGCUGAGGAAAGAAAAAAAAGGGAGGCGGCUGCGGCAAUCUUUCCUACUAAAGAUGCGGUCCUUCAUACUCGAUCAUUCUCCACCGAAAAAGAAACAACUGUCUCAAAACCUGCAUUAAUUAAAGCAACGACAAGUGUUCAGAAGCCAUUUUCCAGUACUACCUUGGCUACUACUGUCGCAGCACAAACAUAUAAACCUCCAACUCCUGCCAAAAUGCCCAAAUCAACGGUACAGGUAGUAUUCAGCGUCCUCACAAGUGGAAGGCUGAAGGUUCGUUUCACUCCUUAUCAUGUUGCUGUUUUGGAAGCAAUAAAGUCAAUUCCUUCUCGUGUGUACGACACUAAGGAUCGUACAUGGAGCAUAGCUGUUUCAGAGCUGAAGAAAUGUCAGGAAAACCUCAAGCAAUUAAAGGCGGUCAACGUUACGAUCGAAUCUGUUGCUGACAACGUUCUUAAGUUGUUAACUGACAAUGAAGCAAAGCACCCAGUUCCAUCGGAUUUGUCACUGAUCAUGGAUCCAGCAUUGAUCGAGAGGCUGUUCCCCUUUCAAAGGCUGGGAGUAAUGUUUGGUAUCGAGAGAGGAGGACGUAUCCUGCUAGCAGAUGAAAUGGGAUUGGGUAAAUCUGUACAAGCACUUACCUUGGCACGCUAUUACAAGGCGGAGUGGCCUUUACUGAUUUUAUGUCCAUCUUCGGUCAAGAGUGCAUGGAAAUUGCAAAUUAACAAAUUUCUGCCGUUCAUUCAAAAUCUUUAUGUAAUUGACAAAGGGACAGAUAUGCUUCCCGCCGUCCGGACAUCAAAUACGGUAGUCAUAAUGAGUUACGACCAGAUGGUUUUGAAAAAGAAAGAACUAGAAGCUGCCAGCUACUACGUUAUUAUAUUUGAUGAGUCUCAUAUGUUGAAGGAUGGAAAGGCAAAGCGUACUCAAGUAGCCUUAUCUUUAUCGAAGAGGGCUUCUCGAGUGAUCUUACUAUCUGGCACUCCUGCGUUAUCGCGACCAGCUGAGUUAUUUUCGCAGAUCAGACUUGUGAAUGACAAGCUGUUUCCGAAUUUUCAUCAAUUUGCUAUUCGUUACUGCGACGGUAAACAGGGUCGAUUCUGCUUUGAGGCUAAAGGAUGCACCAACAGCGAGGAACUAACUGCUAUCUUACUAAAGAGAGUCAUGAUACGUCGUUUGAAGUCGCAGGUUCUUGUUGAUUUGCCAGACAAAAGAAGGGAGGUUGUUUACCUCUCUGGAGACAAAAUUGAUGCUCAGAUGAGCAGCUUACAAAAGGCGAAAAAGGCGUUUGAGACAAAUGGUCGAACACAGUUGGAUGGAAAAGGUCCAAACGAAUGUUUACUAGAGUACUUCAGUCUCACUGGUAUUGUAAAGGCUGCUGCUGUUUGUUCGCAUAUUCUUGACAAUUACUUCUAUCCUGAUGCUCCCAAGAAGAAGGUGCUUAUUUUUGCUCAUCAUCAAAUUGUUCUUGACACAGUUCAAGUCGAGGUUCAGAAGCGGAACUUGAAGUCGAUACGAAUCGAUGGGCAAACCUCUUCGAAAGAUCGUGGAGAAUUGUGUCAGGCAUUUCAGGAGGAUGCAGAUGUGGAAGUUGCUAUACUUUCUAUGACGGCUGCUGGCGUAGGUAUAACUCUAACUGCAGCAUCAGUGGUCGUGUUUGCGGAGCUUCACUGGAAUCCAGGAACAUUAUUGCAAGCUGAAGAUCGGGCUCACCGUGUGGGACAGAAGGACAGCGUUUUUAUACAGUAUCUCAUUGCCAGGAACACGGCAGACGAUAUAAUUUGGCCCCUUAUUCAAAAAAAGCUCGACGUACUUGGUCAGGUAAAUUUAUCUAACGACACGUUCCGAGAUGCUGAGCAUUCUCAUUUGAAGUGUGAAUCGCAAACCAGUCGUCAUGCCGAGAUAACCGAUUUUUUUAACGCUGAGAACUCAGUUUGUAACGCAAAACGCGCGCGAUUAGAAUAA